AGCUUUGUUGCUCCAUCUCUUUCGCACACACGACAAAUGGUCCCCUAGCCCCGACGAGGCGCCCACUUCUCACCCUGAGUAUACGCGUCAGAUGUCGGAGAGAGCAGCGGGAGACGCAGGGGCUGGACAGGGAAUGCAACCAGACGAGGACAUGUCGGCCUACAAGGCUCGGCUCAUCGCUGACCACAUUUGCUCCUCGCUCCCGCCCUCUGACGGCCAUGAGGAAGGCGGGAAGAAGAGAAGACCGCUCUUCGUGGGCAUGCAGGGGCCGCAAGGCAGUGGCAAGACGACUGUGACGAGCAUGGUAGCAGAACGGCUGAAGGGCAAGGGGCUGAGCCCUGUUGUCAUGAGCCUGGACGAUCUUUAUCUGAGCCAUGAUGAGCUUGUCGAGCUCGCUCGAAACAGCCCCACAAACAAGCUUCUCCAUGGACGAGGGCAGCCAGGAACGCACGACAUGCGCUUGGGUUCAGACGUUCUUCGAUCGCUGUCCACCAUCAACGGCGAUCAGACGACCGUCCUGCUCCCCGUAUUUGACAAGUCGCUUCAUGCGGGCCAGGGAGAUCGAAGCAAAGCAACCGUCCGCGUGUCGUCUCCGGUGGAUGUCGUCAUAUUUGAAGGCUGGUGCCUCGGCUUUCUUCCUAUUCCUCCCCAGGAGCUCGAGAAGCGGUAUGCAGGGGACAUUGGUGCGCGGAAGCAGUACUUCUCUGCACACCAAUUGGCAUCGCUUUCCGACAUCAACGAGCGGCUCCAGGCCUACACCGAGUGGUAUGGCUAUCUCGACGCCUUUGUCCAGCUCGUUCCCCGCGACAUCAAUGAUGUCUUUGCAUGGAGGCUGCAAGCCGAACACAACAUGAUAUCCUCGGGCAAGGAGGGCAUGACGGACCAGGAAGUCCACGAUUUUGUCGCUAGGUAUAUGCCAGGCUAUGAGCUUUUCAGCUCGGGCGUGAAUGGGAAAGACACGCCUUGGUCGGGCAGAGGGAUGGCCUUGACAAUUGAUGCCAAUCGGGAUGUGUUGUCGGUGGAAAGAUUCUAAGCCGCCCUAGGAGGGUUUCGCCACAAGCACGACUUCCGAGUAGCAUAGACACUCCUCUCCGAAUAGAAUUUUGCUCUAGCGGAGCAAUCCUGAAAGGC